UACGCCCUCCUUUGUUCUCUCUGUUCACAGGAUGAAGUGGGGCCUGUCCGUGGUGGCGGUGGUCGCGCUGCUGUUCCUCGCCCUGGCGGCCGCCGACGGCGAGGUCUGGGAGGAGGACGACGGCGAGGUGCUGAUCCGCAGCGAGCGCGGCGCCAAAGCACGCAAUGACCCCUGCCGCUACGCCAAGGGCGCGUGGUCCGAGUGCGACACCAAGACCAACACCCGCACCAGGACGCUGACGCUCAAGAAGGGAGACGCCGCCACCUGCGAGCAGACCAAGACCAUCCAGAAGAAGUGCAAGAAAGCGUGCCGCUACGACAAGGGCGCAUGGGCUGACUGCGCAAACGGCCGCAUGACCCGCACGGACGCCCUGCGGCCCAACUCGGACCCCUCCUGCGAGCAGGCCCGCCAGAUCACCAAGAAGUGCAAACCCAAGGGCCAGAAGAAGACCAAAGGCACUCGCCGCAACAAGCAGUAAGUGAGGGGCGUAUGCGACGGCAGACUCCAGUGACAGCAAGAUCGUCAAGCUGCUGGAUACUUUCAUCAUGUUGUUACUUCAUAUUUAUUUUUAUUUAUCAAUUGUAAAUGCUAAUGCAAUCAGCGUUCUAGCUCUUGAUCGUACUUCUCUUUCUUCGUGUCUCCAGUCAUUACCUAGUGUUUCACCAGUACACGUUUGAAAUUAAGAAUUCUAGACUCCAUAUAGCUUUAAGAUGCAUGUAUUCCUCAAUUAUGUCUUCAAAAUUGCACAAUACUCGAGAUUUGUAGCAUGUGCUAUGAAAUAUUUCAUGCAAAACCAUUGUGUCAAAUAGAUAUUAGAAUUUGUCAUUACUUUGCUCUCUCCCUGAUUAAUUUUGUUACUUACAUAAAAGUGUUCAUUUAAUUUAAAAAGAAAUAUUUAGACGUUUGCCUUUUUUACUUAAUAAGACUGCAAACGUAUUGCAUAAUUGUCAACCUUCAUAGUAAUCAGCAGAAUCAUCAUUAGAAUUGAUGCAUUAACAUAAUCACUGUAGGAGUAAUGAAAACAAUUUGAAAUUCUGCGUGAAGUUCCAAACAAUCCUCUGUCAUCAUCCUUAAAAAUUGUCAAAAAAUUUGUGUGCUAGUUUUGUCAGUGUACAAAGUACAUGUGUAUUCAUAGCGUAUGUUCAAGAAGUUUCAUUGAAAUUGAUUUUUAUCAAAUAGACAGUAAAAAGCCACUAUUUGCUAUUCCACAAAAUGAUAGCCGCUCUUAUUGGUUACCGUAGGUGUGCAACGAUGCAACUUAGUUUAAUAUGGAAUAAUCUGAAUCUGUGUUAAAAAAUUGGAACCUGUCCGCCUCAAUUCAUGAAAUUUGAAAUACUUCAAGCAUUGCAUUUUCACUCUCAAUACAUUAAUGUAUCGAAUAUAUUGUCCAACACUGUCUUUGCUAAAAUCAUUUUAACAAGAUAGCUAUUGCUGUUCAUCAUGUUGCAUUUUCAUCACAUAAAAUCAUUCUGUUACAGAUUUAUGAUAAAUUUAGCUAGAAUGUCAUUCCAUUUUGUAGAAUUUAUAACAGUAUAACAUUAACUGACUGAUUUAAGUUCAAUACAUUGUAUAAAAAGAUAAUUGAGUAUAUA